AUGCCUGGUGAUCAAGUCAUGAAUUUCAGUCACGUCUUGUAUCCUCACACUCAGAAGUCCCGAGGCUCUAAGAAGGGACCAUGGAAGACUAUUUGGUUCUCUUGUCUUGGGAUUUUACACUGUGAUGAUGACUUUUGUGAGUAUGCUGCUCCGCCACCAACCGGAGAGGGAAAAGCCUCCAAAUUGAUCCAGGAAUGGGGUGUACUUUACCACUUGGGUACUCACAAUCACGUUUGGCCCAGUUCAAAAAAGGCGGACCCCUUGGCAAUGCGCACACUCACCAAUGAGUUGAUCAAGAAUCCAAAGGCUGGCCCUUUGGUCCUCAAGGUCGGCCAGGCUGGCGCCGGGCAAACAGUCACCGCACCAGUAACUGAGAUCCAUCCAGUGUUUCCAAGCUCAGGCCGACUCGCUUACUUACAACAAAAGGUUCUUGUCGAGAAAGGGUUGAUGCCUGAAAAAGAAAGCAAGGGAGGAGGUGAUUGGUUGAUUAUGGAUCUCAUGCACUGGGGCAGGUAA